CCCCCGUCCAGAGCGGAACAGCGGAAGCAACAACCAACGCCGCCCAGCUGUCGUCUCCGCCUCUCUCUCUCUGCCUCCCCUCCCCCGAAUCGCGUCGUCCCCUCUCCUCGUGUCGCGAAACCCUCGCCAUGGCGGAGGCGCCCGAGAACGCCGCCCCCACCGCCACGCCCGCCCCGCCGCCGCCAGCCCCCGCGCCUGCGCCGGCGACCUCGUCCCCGCCUCCCAAGUCGGGGAUCCCGGCGCGGUACGACCUGGACGCCAAGUGGGACGCGUGCCUCGACCUCUCCAUCCGCCGCGUCGCCUACUCCUCCCUCGCCGGCGCCUUCACGGGCCUCCUCCUCUUCCGUAGCCCUACUACUCGCUGGGCGUCGGUUGCCCUUGGAGCUGGUGUGGGGAUAGGAGCUGCAUACACUGAAUGCUCGUACUUAUUCAAUGGUGCUCCUCCAAAGUGGUCACCCAAAGGGGAGGACAAGUAAGCGCCGCCCAUCGGAUCGGUCCAUCUCGGUGGAGUUUUGGAGUGUUCUUGAAGUGAUUGUUUCAUGUUGGUAUCGGGCAUCCUCUGGCCAUAGUAUGUCAUUAAAGUUAGAUGCGACUCACUUCUGAGUUUUGUUUACACUUUUGUGCAAACCUAUUCCAAUUGUGGUCUGAUGACCCACGGGAUGCGCACUGCAAGAGCUUUGUAAGCUUUUCUUGAAAUGGCGGCUUGGUGACCAGGAAUAAGUUUUUCAUCAUGUGAACUAGUUCGCACCAUGCAUGCGCGUUACAUUGGUAUACUCAGCUCACUAUUACUCAAUCCGUUUCUGGGGUGUGACUUGAUCUUUAUCUGUAUGCUCAAGUUCUUCCAGCAUUUUUCUGUACAAACUUGUGAGUUUCUUCUCA